GUCUCACGAGAUUUAUAUUCGGCGGGAGUGGAUGUAUAAGCACAAAGAUUCUGAUGGAUCGGUGACACGGGAGUUUGCAGAUGGGUUAGAAGAAUUCAUGAUAACCGCAAAUCAAAUGCCACUGACGCAAGAAACUGAAGGUGAGGUGACACAUCCAUCAGAUGCGAAAGCUUGGCAACAUUUUAACACGGUACAUUCAGACUUUGCAAGAGAGAGUAGGAAUGUUUAUCUUGGUCUAUGCACUGACGGGUUUAGUCCGUUUGGUAUGUCCGGUAGGCAGUAUUCUUUGUGGCCGGUAAUAGUGACACCAUACAAUCUACCUCCAGAUAUGUGUAUGCAACAGGAAUUUUUAUUUUUGAGUAUUUUAGUGGGCGGUCACGGCCCGAGUAGACACACCUCAGGGCAGAAGACUUAUGCACGUCGUGCAUUAGAAAGCGCUGAGAAGAAUGGAGGUGUACUCCCUCCAAUUGUCGAGAUAAUGGAGCAGACUCACAAGAGAAAGAAUGGAGUUUUCGUUGACGGUUUUGCUGAGCAAAUCUGCAAAGAAGUUUCAGCCAAGAUUGCAGAGCGGGAGUCUCAGCUCUCUCCAGGACACUCUGACCAGCCUGGUGGCCUAUCCAUAGCUGAGAAGAACAAUAUCUUGUUGGAGGCUGCUCCAAAGAAUAAAAAGGGACGGAUUUAUGGUGUUGGUUCUAUUCAAGUUAUCCCAUCUGCUUCAUCAUUUGAUCCUCCACCUACUUCAGAUGAUUAUGUCGAUCGGCAAACCUAUGAAGCGGAGAGAAAACGAAACAACGACCUUCUUACACGGAUCCAUGGCUACGAUUAUCUCUUUGACAUUGUAGCGCAAGAUUUUCCAGCUCUAGCAACAGCACUUAGGGCUCAGAGACCUCCAACGCAGGGAGCAGAAGCCCAAACAGAGGAACCACAACACCAAACAGAGGAAGCUGCAACAGCUCAGGGUACUCCUCAAGCAUGAUCCCAUUAUUUUGGGUUUUUUUGUUGUAUUAUAAACCUAAAUCUAUCGG